AUGCUGGCGGUGGGGCCGAUGGAUGGCACCUCCCGGCCGAGCGCCUUCCUGCUCAGCAGCCCGCCGCUGGCCGCCCUGCACAGCAUGGCCGAGAUGAAGACGCCGCUCUACUCGGCCGCCGCCGCCGCUGCCUACCAGCUGCCACCGGCCGCCGCUGCCUCCGCCGCCAGCGGACCUUCCUCCCUCUCCUCCUCCUCCUCUUCCUCGGCUCCGUCCUCGUCGUCGUCUUCCUCCUCCUCGGCGUCCGCCUCGCCGUCCCCUCCGCUGGGCUCGCCCACGCCCGCCGGCCUGAAGCUCCACGUGGCGGGGGCUCUGUCGGCGCUGGGCUCGCCCCCGCAGCACCACUCGGCCGCCACCCCGCACGGCAUCAACGACAUCUUGAGCCGGCCGUCCAUGCCGCUCCUCGCCGUCGCCUCCGCUUCCUCGUCUGCCUCCUCGUCGUCCGCCUCGCCGGCCGCCGGGCUCCUGGCGGGCCUGCCCCGCUUCAGCAGCCUCAGCCCGCCGCCGCCUCCUCCGCCGCCUCCGCCGCCGCCCCCGGGCCUCUACUUCAGCCCCAGCGCCGCCGCCGCCGCCGUGGCCGCCGUGGGGAGGUACCCCAAGCCUUUGGCCGAGCUGCCCGGCCGGACGCCCAUCUUUUGGCCGGGGGUCAUGCAGAGCCCUCCGUGGAGGGACGCCCGCCUCGCCUGCUCGCCCCACCAAGGCUCCAUUCUGCUGGAUAAAGACGGCAAACGGAAGCACACGAGGCCCACCUUCUCCGGCCAGCAGAUCUUCGCUUUGGAAAAGACUUUUGAGCAAACCAAGUACUUAGCUGGGCCGGAGAGAGCGAGGCUCGCCUAUUCGCUGGGAAUGACGGAGAGCCAAGUCAAGGUCUGGUUCCAGAACCGGCGGACCAAGUGGCGGAAGAAGCACGCGGCCGAGAUGGCGACCGCCAAGAAGAAGCAGGACUCGGAGACGGAGCGGCUGAAAGGCGCCUCGGAGAACGAGGACGAGGACGACGACUACAACCGGCCCCUGGACCCCAACUCGGACGACGAGAAGAUCACGCAGCUGCUCAAGAAGCACAAGACGGGCGGGCCCAGCGCCGGCCUGCUGCUCCACGCCUCAGAGAACGAGGCCUCCUCCUAG